UCGGUGUCACCGACUCCUUGGUAUCCACUGAUAAAAAAAGAAAUAAAUAAAGCGGCAACUAGAGAAGAGUACUGCUUCCAAGAAAAGCAGUGGCAGCAGGAGAGAGGAAGCGUGGCGAUGGAACCCAAACCUCUCUUCCUGCUGCUUUGUAUCGCACUACUCUUCCCUUCUUCCACCGCUUCCUGCUCCCCUCGCAGCUGCAAGCUGCUGGACUCGUGUUCGACGGCGGAUGACUGCGCUCCGGGCCUCUACUGCGGCACCUGCCCGGCCUCCGGCAAGACCCGGCCCUCCUGCACCCGAGGCAGGGCCACCGUUCCCACCUCCAUUGUGAAGGGGCUGCCCUUCAACAAGUACACAUGGUUGGUGACUCACAACUCCUUCUCCAUCGUCAAUGAGACCUCGUACACCGGCGUCCAGCGCAUCACCUUCUACAACCAGGAGGACACCGUCACCAACCAAUUGAGAAAUGGCGUCCGGGGUUUGAUGCUGGACAUGUAUGAUUUUAAGGACGAUAUCUGGCUUUGCCACUCGCUGCAGGGCCGGUGCUACGACUUCACUGCUUUUGAACCAGCGAUUAACACACUGAGGGAGGUGGAGGCAUUCCUGACUGAGAACCCAUCGGAGAUCGUGACUAUCAUCAUUGAAGAUUAUGUGCAUGCUCCUAAGGGGUUGACGAAGCUGUUUAUGAAUGCUGGCUUGGUCAAGUAUUGGUAUCCGGUCUCGGAGAUGCCGACAAAUGGCAGGGAGUGGCCGAGUGUGACGGAUAUGGCGGUGAAAAAUCACCGGCUGCUGGUCUUUACUUCUGAUGCUUCGAAGGAGGCCGAUGAAGGGAUUGCUUACCAGUGGAGGUAUAUGUUGGAGAAUGAACCUGGAGAUCCAGGAAUUGUACCAGCCUCCUGUCCAAAUAGAAAGGAAUCACAACCUCUGAAUUCAAGAUAUGCAUCUCUAUUUCUGCAAAAUUACUUCCCUACGAUCCCUGUUGAAAAUGAAGCUUGCAAGGAACACUCACUUGGACUUGCUGAAAUGGUUGAUGCUUGUUAUAAAGCAGCUGGAAAUUUGAUGCCUAACUUCGUUGCUGUGAACUUCUACAUGAGAAGUGAUGGUCGAGGUGUUUUUGACAUACAAGAUAGAAUGAAUGGGAUAAAUCUAUGUGGUUGUAGCACAGUUACUGCCUGCCAGGCCGGGGCACCAAGUGGAUCCUGUAAGAACACUGGAGCAUCUAAUCGAACUCCCACAAUUAAUGGAGGCACCUUUUCUGGGUAUGUACAGCUGUCAGGAUCUACACUGAGGUUCCACUUUUAUGAUCUCUUGGUGAUAAAUUUGCUUUGUGCUUUUCUGAUGAUAGUGUUCUCAUUGUAGCUGAUCAUUCACAUUAUAUUGUUGCAUCAUUUGUUAGUGAGCAUUUGCCUUUUGAUGGGCUCCCAUUUUCAUCAUUUUGUUCUUCUUCAAAGUAUUAUUGCAUUUCUGACGUGGCUAUCAAAGAUUUGGAGGACAAGGAAGUCAGUAGGCUAAUA